AUGCACAAAUCCAGUGAGAGUGAUCACCGGCUCGCCCCGGCAGUCGUAUUCAGCGUACAAGUUUACCUGUAUGCCAUUCGCAGAAGACGAGAGCAGACCAAGAUGAGGUAUUUCAUUCCUUGGACGUUGCAGGAGCUGCCCGUCAAGCGUCAUCAUACGACGACUGAUCUCAAUCAUUUUGCUGCCUUUUGGCCUCGACGCUGGCGAGCGUUUGAAUGCCUGGGCUUUGAAAACAUCGUGUACGGAUGGGACUUGUCCAGUGUGUCCAGCACUACCGGCGCCACCACUAGGCUCAGCCAGGGCAACACCACGGCCCAAUACGCUUUGGUGCAAGGCUUGCGCUUGAGCGACGGCAUGACGAUCCGCUUUUGCGUGUCCAUCAUCGAGGCAACACCCCGCCGCCAGCAUGGCGGUCGGGGCGAUAUUGCCGCGGUUUACGACGUCAAGCCAGCAAGCUCUGCACUUCUGUCACAAGGCCUAGACCUUCGCAGCGGCCUAACCAUUUAUGUCACGCAACAUGGCUUCGCUCACCAGCACCCCAAUUUCAGUGGACACGACGCCCCCUUUUUUGUGGGAACCUUGGAGGGCGAGAUGGAUCCGAUGGGGGAAGGGGUAGUCAAACUUGGCUACUUGCUUCGCGUCGACUUUGAUCUGUUUGAAGACGAUGAGAGCUCGGUGGUGAAGCACACCUUGGCCCUGGGCAGCAGUGCUGAUGGUGCCGGCGUGCGCUAUCAUGAAGUGGAAGUGGCCGUUCAUCACGAGGAGGCGGGUGGCGAGCUUGCGGUGGUGAGUGAGCUGGAAUACGAUGCUAGCCUAAGCGUGCUUAACCUGAGGUUGCAGCAUGGAGAGGUGUACUAUCCACGCAUCACAAGCUGUGACGGCGCAGGCAACUGUCGAAGCCAGGAUCUGGCUCCUUUGGCUGUGGACGUGACCCCGCCGCCAGCUAUCAAGCUUCAUCACGAUGGUGCUUGGGGCGCCAUUACGGGCGGCAAAUGGCAGUAUACUAUCAAAGUCUCGGCUCCCAUUGACGAAGAAGGGACGGCAAUCACGCGCUACUAUUUCAAAGUGGGCGAUCAAGCCCCCGUGUCUUUUGCAUCCUAUCGCUCAAGCGGGAUAGCAAUGGAGAGUCUAGAGCUCGCAGUCAUUGGUAUUGAGCAAAAUAAUUUUUGCUACAGCACCAGGUUUGUUGUGGACGUGCCUCAGACACUGGGAGAAGUGUCACUGCUUUCCUUUACCUCGGAAAGUGCAUGGCUAGACGCUGGCCAUUUUACCGAGUUCGUGCACACGUUGGAGCCGGAUGCCGAGGCAUACGCAAAUGGAAUCGAAUGUUUCGCCUACGUACGUGCGUGGCGCACCUACAACCAAUUUGUGGUUGCGCGCAGCAAUGGCGUCACGAUCCGCCACGAGUGGCUGCGGGUCGACCAGCAAGCCGCUCUGCUGGACGGCUACAAGCAACCCGUGCCAGGUUUUGGUACUGAUGACAAGCUGUUUCCCAAGCCCUUUCAUGAUAUCGAUGCCAAGCAGCAGAGCACCACUGAAUUGGCCACGACAUUUGCGUGGUCCGAACAAGGCUCUUCCGCCCUGGUGACGGGCUCCGUUGUGGCACCAAGUGAUAUUGACAACAUAGCCACCUAUGAGAUUGCCGUGCGGUGCGUCAACGCCGCAGGCAUGACCUCAUUUACCAGCGAAGUGUUCGAGAUUACUUGGGAGGCAUAG